AUGGAAACUGCAAUAGAUCGAUCAUCAUGUUUCUUGUUGCAUACAAAAUCAAACGAGAAAUUAGAUCAGUUGAAACAAGAUAUAAAUAAGCGAAUGAAGAAAAUACAAGGACGACUUAAACCAUCGAGUAUAUAUUCAAUACAAGAUAUGUUGCUAGCUGGAUUCAGAUACACUGGUGAUGGUGACACCGUUCAUUGUGACCAAUGUCAUUUAGAAGUAUCUGGAUGGACUGAAGAUAUGGUACCAAAUAUUGUGCAUACUGAACGUAAUCCUAAUUGUCCAUUUGUUUGUUCUAAAUUACUAAACUCUUUUUUGAAAUCCAAUAAUGAAAAAAAUCCUAGAAAACGUCAGAAAACAGAAUCUUAUUGGCAUCAAUUUAAAUCGAAUUUAAAAUUGUCCGAAGUGAAUAAACUCAAACAAAUCCGACGUCGAACAUUUUCUCAUUGGUCUCAUGAAAUAAAACCAUCUGCUGAACAAAUGAUUAAUGCUGGAUUUUUUGCAUGUAAUGUUGGUGAUCGUGUUAUUUGUUUAUAUUGCAAUUUGAUUUGUCAACAAUGGAAAGCAGAUAUCGAUGAUCCAUCUGAAGUUCAUAAAACACUUUCACCGAUAUGCCCAUAUGUUUUAUCAAUCCUACAAGACCAUAAUGAAACUAAUCCAUCAGAGGAGAGAAGAGAAAAUGAUAAUCUAUAUAUUUCAAACCAAUUUCAAUUACAAUUUAAUGAUUCGAAUAUCUUAUCACGUUUUGUUGCUGCUCGACUUGAUUUAUCGAGUUCGCAAAAUCUACUCGAUCAAAACUUUAAGUUAUCAGUUAUAAAACGAUGUUGGGAAGAUCAAUUACAAUUAAAACAAGACGAUUUUAUUAGUGAUGCUGAUCUCUUAAUAGCAUGUACUAUUCUACAAAAGCAAAUCGAUCAUAUCAAAGGUAAUAAAGAUAAUAUUAUUAUUCCUAGUGUUCAGAUGAAGAGAAUUCUUGAGACAAAUCAAUCUGAUUCAUCAACACAUUCAAACAAUGACAAGAUGGAUAUAUCACAAAAUCAAUUAGUUUCUGAGACAUCUAAAAUCAAAUCGACAACAACAAAUAAAAAUGACUCAACAAUGCCAGAAAAAGAUGCAACAAAAAUUUCGUCGAUAAUUAAUCCCUGUAUUAUAUGUCAUGGAGACGAGAAACAACUGGCCUGUAUCCCAUGUGGUCAUUUAACGACAUGUCUUUCCUGUAGUCGUACGCUUCGAACAUGCCCAACAUGUCGAAGACAUAUCGAAGCAUUUGUUCGUGUUUAUAUUUAA